AGAACGUGCAGCAAUAACAACAACAUUACAAGUACAAAGCUUAAACUGAAAUAUGGAGAAAGAAAAUGGAUGGAAAUAAUUGGAAUGUGUAUUAGUAGGGUUUCAAUUCAAUUACUGAGAAUCAUCAAAUCCCAAACUCGGACCCGACUUUAACCAGCCAUUGAUACUUAAACCAAAAUUAACCUAUAUCCAACCCGACCCACCCAAAUAACAUCUUUUGACUUUGUUUUUACUAAUUUAUAUAUAAAUGAAUAAUAUGUUACACUUUUAUUAUGUUUUUAUAAAUUAUUGUAUGAGAUUUUGAUGUAAGAGACUUAAUUUGAUUAAUUAAAAAUAAUAAAUGCGAAUAUUUGAAAUUAGAGGAGCCAAAAUUAUACUUAAGUUGAAAUAUGGAGGCUAAAAAUAUAAUUAAACAAAAAAAAACUAAAAUUUAUUAAUAAAAGUAAUCUUUGAUUACAAGCUAAAGGAUACCUUUAAUAUACGUCAGAAAAUGUCAAUUAGGAUUAACUCACUUUUUCAUGUACAGAGAUAAACUACCGAAAAGAUAAUUUCACUUUUAUUAUAGACGAAUUUUUUAUUGUUUAAUUAUUUUUGGUCUUAAGAAGAAUUCUUUAUUAGAUUGGACUAAAACAAUGGAGCAUGGUAAUGGGCUUGCCUUAAUCAGGUUCAACCCAAUAGGUAGCUGUCCUAGUCUCCAACAGGAUCCUUGAAAGAGUUGUUAAUUCCUAGUCACAACUUCACGGCAGUGAUUCUGUCUUGGGGAGUGUUUGAGAUUGAGAAACAUGAACCAUAUAUAAUAUACAUGUCCAUAUGUGUGUGAUUAUUUGUUGUCUAAAGAGAAAGCAGAAAAGAUGGUGGGUGAAGGAGGAAAACCAAAGGCAGUGAUUGUUGGAGGUAGCAUAGCUGGAAUAUCAUGUGCACAUGCUCUUACCUUAGCUACUUGGGAUGUUCUUGUGCUUGAGAAAACCUAUUCACCUCCAACUGGAAGUCCCACUGGUGCAGGGCUUGGACUCAACUCUUUGUCUCAACAAAUCAUUCAAUCUUGGCUUCCACAGCCACAACUCCUACACAACAACACUUUACCACUAACUAUUGAUCAGAAUCAUGCAACUGAUAGUGAGAAGAAGGUUAGCAGGACAUUGACAAGAGAUGAGAGUUUCAACUUCAGAGCAGCACAUUGGGCUGAUCUUCAUGGCCUUCUGUACAAUGCACUGCCACCAAACAUAUUUUUAUGGGGUCACCUUUUUCUCUCUUUCCAAGUUGCAGAUGACAAGCGUUCUGUCAAAGUUAAGGCUAAAGUACUAGGAACUGGCAAGGUUAUAGAGAUAGUAGGGGAUUUGCUUGUUGCAGCAGAUGGCUGUCUCUCUUCGAUCCGGCAGAAAUAUCUCCCUGACUUUAAACUGAGAUAUUCAGGCUAUUGUGCUUGGAGAGGAGUUCUUGAUUUUUCAAAAAUUGAGAAUUCAGAAACAAUCAUGGGUAUCAGAAAGGCAUACCAUGAUCUAGGAAAAUGCUUGUACUUUGACUUGGCAUCUGGCGCACACACAGUGUUCUAUGAGCUGCUAAACAAAAAGCUCAAUUGGAUUUGGUAUGUGAAUCAGCCAGAGCCUGAAGUCAAGGGAACAUCAGUGACAACGAAAGUAAAUAGUGACAUGAUUCAGAAGAUGCAGCAAGAGGCAGAAAAAGUUUGGAUUCCAGAGUUGGUAAAGGUCAUAAAAGAAACAAAGGACCCUUUCUUAAACUUCAUAUAUGAUAGUGAACCCAUAGGGAAGAUCUUUUGGGACAAUGUGGUGUUGGUAGGAGAUGCAGCUCACCCCACAACUCCUCACUGCCUUAGAAGCACAAACAUGUCAAUAUUAGAUGCAGCAGUAUUGGGAAAAUGCUUGGAGAAGUGGGGAGCAGAAAAACUAGAAUCAGCUUUGGAAGAUUAUCAGCUCAUAAGGCAACCAGUAACUUCUAAGCAAGUUCUUCAUGCAAGAUUUGUUGGCCGCAUAAAACAAGGUCUGGUUCUCCCUGAUCAAGAACCUUUUAACCCCAAAUCAGCCAAGCCUGAGGAUUGUGAGAAGCUUCUACAGAGGAAUACUCCUUUUUUCAAUGAUGUGCCUUUGUCACUUGCUUCAAUACCAUCCUCCAUUUCACCAUCUGAAUGCCUAUAGCAGUAAGUUUUAUUUAUCACUGCAUUGAAAAUGCAUAGAACUAAUAACUAAUAAGGCGGUUCCUAUAAGUGAUAUAAUGCCUCUGGCCUAAAACUUCAUUUUGGCUAUUAAUGCUUUUAUCUCCAAAUUCAUU